UGCCUGCAUCUUGGUGUAUCUCCUUAUUCCCUUUAAUCUUUCAUAAACUAAAAGAAUUCCAUUUGGAAAGUAGCUCUUUUAUUGCUAAUUAAUCACCCCCAUUCUCAGAACCAGAUAGCUCAUCAAAUAUGACCCCUAUUUUAUGUUUUUAGAAUCUCUGAAACCAUGGAAAUGGUGGAGGGAGGGAUGCUGUUUGUGUAUCCUUUAUAUAAUAUGCAAACAGUUGAUGUGCCUUUUUCUAGAAUCUCUUGCUAAAUUACUUUCUCAAAGGGGCCCAUUACCCAAAGGUUAAACAAAUAAAUCCCCGAAUUAGCUUUUUUUUUUGAUUGGUCAUGCGCCUUCCAUCCCAAGAGAAAAAUCUCCCAUAGACCUGCUCUCCACUGCUGCUGCACUUCAAGCCCUUCAGUCCCCAGGGGAGAGUGAAGCAGGGAAGAUUAGGUGUGACUGCAGCAGUAGUGUUAAAUUCCAAAGAUUCUGAAGGAGAACAGGAGAGGAUGGUGGUGCCAUUCCCUGCCGCUGCCUUGGUCAAGCUAAAUAAACCCAGUAUCAGGCCUCUCCAAUGACUUAAUUGUACGCCAGUUGGAAACUUCUCCAAAAACGUAAGAACCAAGCUGAACUUUUCACUGUCGGCCCUUUUGCCGUCUCUCUCUGUAGUACUCUGCGCAGGCUCCUUGGUAACCUGGUAAAAUCUCUGGAAAGCAGGAAGGGAGGGAAAUGAUCGUGCAAUUUAAGGGUGAAGACCUUCCCCCGAACCGACUGGUGCUGUAGCUCUGCCUUCCGGCCUCUAGGGGGCAGUGUACGGAUAGGUUUGCCCCAGGAUCAGGGAUCAGGUUUGGCAAAUUUUUGGUCUCGCGCCAAAUGAUAAGCGGGUAACGGCAAAUUUAUUCUAUUAGUGUUAUUUGCUUUGAGAUAAGUUAUAAACUGCAUAUUUUUAAAGGGCGAUUUUUUUUAAAGAACUGACUAAAAAGACGGCUCUUCAGUGUUGGUUCCAUAAUUUAGGGAGAAAUUCAGCUAUCCAGAAAAUCUCGAAGUCUGGGAACCAUAUUUUAGGCUUCAUUUCUCUCACUCCUGGACCUUGCUUUCCUUGAAAACAAACAGGGCUGUUGGAGUUGCAGCCCAGAAACUUGUCAAAAACAGGAUCUGGGCGGAGCUCGCGGCCCGGAGGACCCGGGCCGGGUCUACGGCCUCGGGUGAACUCCGCCCCGCACCCCGGGUUGUAGGGCGGGCCGGGGACAUCUCCCUUCUCCCACCUCUCUGCCAGACCUUUGAGUCUUCGUCAUCUAAGGCCGCCGGGUUCUGAACAGCUCUGGACAUCAGGGCCCACUCCCUCGCCCACCAAAGCCACAGUCGUCUCAAAUCAGGCUUUCAAGCGCGAGUGGAGACAAAAACUCAGCUGCUCGGCUCCGAACCCUUCGCCGCCGGCCCCCAGGUGGGAAGCCCGGAGCCAGGCGGCGGCCCCGGCGGGCCCAUAGCCCGGGGGCCAGCGGAGGGGCGUGAGCGAGCCUCUCCUCCAGCCACACGUCACGGCGCCGGCUCCGCCCCUCCGCGAGCGCUCGCGGGCGCCGGGCUGGUAAAACUGCCGCGGCGCGGACGGCGGACAGGGUCUGCCACAAUGCUACUGCUGCACAGAGCCAUGGUCUCAGGACUCCGACAGGCCUGCAGACUCAGGUCAGCCCCCUCCAGGCUCUGCACUCAGGCCUGCUCUACAAAUGAUUCCUUUCAGCCCCAGGGCCCCAGCCUCACCGUUUCCGGUGAGAAUUCCAGCACUAAGGGAUGGAGAGUCACGGGGGCCCUUCUAGGCCUUGGUGCGGUGUUGGCCUAUCAUCACCAUCGCUGUAGGCAGGCUGCCCAGGAGUCACCACACAUAUACUCUAAGGAAGAAGUGCGUUCCCACUGCAGGCCUGAGACUGGGAUCUGGGUAACUUUUGGCAGUGAGGUCUUUGACGUCACAGAAUUUGUGGACCUCCAUCCGGGGGGGCCAUCAAAGCUGAUGCUAGCAGCCGGGGGUCCCCUAGAGCCCUUCUGGGCCCUCUAUGCUGUUCACAACCAGCCCCAUGUGCGUGAGUUACUGGCUCAGUACAAGAUUGGGGAGCUGCACCCCGAAGACACCACACCCUCCACCUUAGAGACUUCGAACCCUUAUGCUGAUGAUCCUGUCCGUCACCCAGCUCUGAAGGUAAACAGCCAGCGUCCCUUUAAUGCAGAACCACCCCCUGAGCUGCUAACAGAAAACUAUAUCACACCCAACCCUCUCUUCUUCACCCGGAACCAUCUGCCUGUUCCAAACUUGGACCCAGACACUUAUCGCUUGCAUGUUGUCGGGGCCCCUGGGGGUCAGUCACUGUGUCUGUCCCUGGAUGACCUGCGCAAGUUUCCCAAACAUGAGGUCACAGUCACACUGCAGUGUGCCGGCAACCGACGCUCUGAGAUGUCUCAGGUCAAGGAAGUGAAAGGUCUGGAGUGGAGGACUGGGGCCAUCAGCACUGCACGCUGGGCUGGGGCGCGCCUCUGUGAUGUGCUGGUCCAGGCCGGCCACCAGCUUUCUGAAGCCGAGGCCCACGUCUGCUUUGAAGGCCUGGACUCAGACCCCACUGGGACCGCCUACGGAGCAUCCAUCCCUCUGGCUCGGGCCUUGGACCCUGCAGCUGAGGUCCUGUUGGCAUAUGAGAUGAAUGGGGAGCCCCUGCCUCGUGACCAUGGCUUCCCCGUGCGAGUGGUGGUUCCCGGUGUGGUGGGUGCCCGCCACGUCAAGUGGCUGGGCAGAGUGAGCGUGGAGCCAGAGGAGAGUGGCAGCCAUUGGCAGCGGCGGGAUUACAAAGGCUUCUCUCCGUCUGUGGACUGGGACACUGUGGAUUUUGACUCAGCUCCGUCUAUUCAGGAACUUCCCGUGCAGUCGGCCAUCACGGAGCCGCGGGCCGGGGAGACUGUGGAGUCGGGAGAAGUGACCGUCAAGGGCUACGCAUGGAGUGGCGGUGGCAGGGCUGUGAUCCGAGUGGACGUGUCGCUGGAUGGGGGCCUAACCUGGCAGGCCGCUGAGCUGUAUGGAGAAGAACAGUGCCCCAGGAAGGCUUGGGCCUGGCGUCUGUGGCAGCUGCAAGCACCUGUGCCGGCUGGGCAGAAAGAACUGCACAUUGUCUGUAAGGCUGUGGAUGAGAGCUACAACGUGCAGCCGGACACUGUGGCCCCAAUCUGGAACCUCCGCGGUGUGCUCAGCAACGCCUGGCACCACGUCCACGUCCGAGUCGCCCCAUGACGUCACAGAAUCACUGAAACCCUUCCCCCCAUCCAUCCUUUGGCCUCGCUGCCACAGGAAAACCUUUCCUUCACCUUCCACUUCUUGGACCGUAGCCCCGUACUGUGCCUUCCCACGCCUUCCCCAGGUACACGACAUACCUGCACAUUUCGGCCCAGGCAUCCCCCAAACACUGUGUUAAACACCCUCCUGGCUCGACCCCCUGCUAGGAGGUCAGAGCUGUUGGUUGCAAGGGGCCAAUGUGUGUAAGUAAUUCUGGAGAUAAGCAACUUUCUAUUUUCCCUUCCUACCCCACCCCUACUUCUGAUCCCCAUUUCUCCUGGACUCUUCAGGCAAUGGGUAAGACGCGUAAGAAAAGGUUUUGUGCUGUCUCUACUACCUCUCUGGGAUACAAGGUUCUCUCCCUUUUGAAUUCUACUUUUCUAAACUCAUCAAUAAAGUGGUAUCUGUUUAA